AUGUAUUCCCUUCCUGGAAGUAAAUAACGCAUUUUGUUGCCCUAAAAACAUAAAACAAUUUGCUUUAAACCUGAAAUCAAAGAAACUUAGAGACUAAGACAUGCAAAGGCUCUUCAUCCUUUUCAUUAGAAGUUCAAACCCAUUUCGACGAAAUGCUUGGAAUAUGCUCUUUCAUCAAGGUAGGAUUGUUAGUCUAUUAUAAGUUCAAGCGAAUCCGAAGGGGAAUGUGAAAACAAUAAAAGUUGUCAUUGCAGAGAUUGUGGACACUAAUCCAAGAAAAUGAAACAUAUGAAAAAGAAAUAUCGACGUUUUAGUCCUGUAAUGCAUGGAAGGAUUAGAGAAAGGAGAAAUAAGCUAAAACAAAAAUUUAAAAACGCUGUUUAUGUCAUCAUGUGGAUGCUAAAGUUAGUAAUCCAAAGAAAGAAGAAACCAAUGAUAAUAAAAAAGAUAAUCAGAAUGAAAACUAAAUUCUUUGAACCUUCUCCAGAACCACCAUAACAAAAUUAGUAGAUCAUUUAUCUAGAACCAAUCCAACCAGUUCAAGUUUAAAUGAUUGACUUUAAACACAAAUAGCGACAAUCAAUAGUCAACUAUCUAAACAAUAAAUUGCAAGAUUCAGAACGCCAUGCAGAUAAUUAUCAGUUAUCACUUCCAAAAGUACGAUAAUAAAAUAAUCUCUCCAGUAGCCAUUCCAAAUUACUAUUAAAACCUUUGAAAACCUAGAAUGACGAAGGCCUUACUCCUUAAAGAAAUAAUCUACGUUCUAUCAUACACAAAGCUAAUCCUUCAUUACAAUCCUCAAGUUCUCCUUAUUUAAAGCAACCACCUCUAACAACAAGGAUAAGGUCACUUUAAAAUAGACUCUACCUAUCAGGCAGGUAUUGA